GCCGCGCGGAACGGGCGGGGCUGCGGCGGGGCUCGCCAUGGUGCUGCUGGUGGUCAUGGGCGUGAGCGGCUCCGGGAAAACCACAGUUGGGUCACGUUUGGCAGCAAAGCUGGGAUGGAAAUUCUAUGAUGCAGAUGACUAUCAUUCACCAGAGAAUAAAAAGAAGAUGGCAGCAGGAAUGCCACUAAAUGAUGAGGACAGAAUUCCAUGGCUUUGUGCAUUGCAUGAUAUACUGAGGAGAGAAGAAUCAUCUAGACAAGAUGCAGUUCUGGCCUGUUCAGCACUGAAGAAAAUCUAUAGACAUAUAUUAGUCAGUGGAGCAUCUGCAAUUGGAAACAGUCAGUCAGAGAAACCAGGAGAAAUUGCAGCACUGAAUAUCCUCUUUGUUCAUCUGGAUGGUCCUGCAGACCUCAUUGCUCACCGCCUGGAGAAGAGGAGAGGACAUUUCAUGCCACUGAAACUACUUCAGUCUCAGUUUGAUGCUCUGGAGCCUCCUACAGCACCAGAAAGCUUUAUUACUGUCAGCCUAGAAAAAUCUCUUUCUGAGAUAGUGCUGGAGAUUGAGAGAGCCAUUUUUUCAGGGUGAGGCUUUUCCAAAAUAAGUUUCUAACUCAUACAUGCAGAAAUUCCCUUAGCAACAUCAUGCUUACGAAGUGUUAUUUUAAUUGUUUUUAAGUUAAUCAAAGAAACUAUUUUUUUCCCAAUAUUUAAGUGAAUUACAAUGUUAAGACCUGGUUUGCUACUCUGGUAUUUUUGUCAUGGCUCUAUAAAAGACAUAAAAAAUGAAGCUUUAAAAAACUGUCAAUAAUUUUAAAAUUCCUCAGAAUGUGAACAUAAAAUUGUGCUAGUAUCUAAACACAGCCUGCUUUUGAAAAUCGCAUCAAGGAUCAUGCACAGUAAUUGAAUUUCUUUUUCAAUUUUUACUGCCAAACAUGGAGACAGACACAUCUAACAAGUGAUUAAUUAAUUUAUAGCUUUGUUAGAAGCUGUAUGUUUAUUUUCCUGCAAGUAUAAAAGACAGGAAUACACACGAUGAAGUUCCAUGCCUGACACUGUUGCUGUCUCACUGACAGAUUUUUAACGCUCUAGUUUCUGUGUUUAUGUUCUUGCCAACCUCCCCAGAGCAGUGAGACCUCACCACUUCUUUAAUACUUUCACUGAAUACCAAGCUGGAAGCUACAGAGGGAAAAAGGUGGUGGUGGUAGUGGUGAAGUAAUAUACAAAAUACAACUGUAUGAAAAGUUAUGGAAAUAAAUGAAAUAUCAGAGGCAUCA